UCGCAUAAUUUUCGGUUCCAUUGUCGUGAGAAGUCGUGUAUUUCCGAAAGUGAAGUUUUCCACAUUCCUUCGCAGAUUUACUUUCACCGCGAAUUUUGAAGAACUUGUCCAACGACAAUAUUUAUUCUUCCGGCUUCAAAAAUUCAAGGGACAAGUUAAGGACUCUGUGCACAGCAAACACUUGGAAAGUGUUUGUGCCUCCCACUGCAGCGUAAACGUAGAGUUUUUUUACGUUCCUCGAUGGACGUUUUGUUUUGGAUCGUCAAGAAACAGCUGGCAUAGUACAGGACGCUGCUGAAAUCCAAACAAACCAGCGAUGGAUCACGAACGAUUGGACACGGAUCAGUCAAGAUUAUCAAGGAAUCUUGAACAGUUUAUAGCUGUGUGGGACUUUGAACCAUCAAAAAAAGAUGAAAUUGCUUUGUCUAAGGGGGAUAUUGUUUUUGUGGUGAAGAAGUAUCAAGAUGGCUGGUACCGCGGCAUCCGUUACAGAGGUUAUCAGGCUGGUUGUUUUCCAGGGAAUUUUGUUGAAAAAGAUUCAAGUGAAAUUGGAAAUUUAGAGUGGCAGGACUUACCUUCACCAACAUCAGAGGGAAACUCAAAAGUUCUUGAAGAUUUACAAAAUGAUCGGACCAAGCUGACAUCCGAAGCUAAUGGAACUGAUGAUCAGUGUGAGGACAUGGAAGGCAGACAACCCGAUGCCAAUCAUAAUAAUGAACUGAACAGAUCUGAUUCACAUAACAGUGAUAAUCUGAGUCCUGGUCCUCUAACCUCUUUCCAUGGACUGAAUAUAAUUGCUGAACAAAUGGGACAGGAAGGAGAAGAAUCAGAGGAACGAAAAAGAACAAGAGCUGCAAUGGAACUCUUGACAUCAGAGGUGUCUUACUUCAAUGGCUUAAAUCUCCUUUCGGGGCAUUAUAUCAGGCCUCUGAGAAAACUUCGCAUUAUUUCUAAUGAAGACAUAAAGAAAAUUUUUGCCAAUGCAGAGUCCUUAGAAUCCAUUAGUAAAGAGCUGGUUGCUAAACUGCAAACACGUUUAGCUCACUGGGAUGUUAAUACAACUUUGAUUGGAGAUGUUCUUGUAGAAAUGUUUUCCUAUUUGAUGAUGUUUGAACCAUAUUUCAAGUCAAGGAAGAGAGGGAAUGAGGUCAAAAUGAAACUAGAGAAGAACAAUGAGAAGUUCAGAAAUUUUCUGGCCAAGGUCAGCUGCAAUCAUACCCUUGACUCACUGUUACUUAUGCCAAUACAGAGAGUUCCCAGAUAUGAAUUGAUAUUAAAGGAACUAGUGAAAAGAACACAUGAGGAUCACCCAGAUUAUGAGAAUUUGAAGGAGGCUCAAAGCAAAGCUCAGAAGACUGCAGAAGCCUUAAAUGAACACAUUCGUCAAAUAGAGAAUGAGACAAAAGUUGUUGAAGUAAUGAAGAGUUUCCCCAAUGAUGAAUUGAAUCUUAUUCGACCAGCUGCCACGCAGUAUUCUACAGGAAAGUUGUAUGGGUCUGUGCGUCUAAGGAAACAUGAAAGAGACCAGAUGACAAGUAUAUCUAAAACACUCAAAAGAAUCUCACUUCCCCUCAUGGACAGCAUUGAAACUCAGACGUCUCCAAAGCUCUCCCAAGCCCAGACAGCCAUGCGGUCACAAAAUACUCUUCCUGGAUCUCACCAUGGCGAUAGUAGUGAUAGUGACAGUGAAACAGACUCUGUAUCCUUAGGGGAAACAUUUAUCACCAGUGCAUAUAUUUAUGAGGGUGAAGUUGAACGUGUAACUAAGAAAGCCACAGGUUCUAAUGAUGGGGGAAUGGUCCAUGAAACAGUUGAAAGAUAUCUUUUCUUAUUUAACAAUGUCUUAUUGGUUAGCAUGGCAUCUGAAAAUCGCAUAACAGGGAAGAAAACUUACAAACUGAAGGACUGCAUUUCCCUUGUCCAGGCCUGGGUAACAUCACCCAGUACAUAUUAUACCAAUCCACCAGAUAAGAUGUUUAUUCUUGGGACCCCUACGCAAAUUUACAAGUUCUUAGCCCCAUCAGAGAGACAGAAAGAAAAGUGGGAGAAUAAACUAAAAACACAUAUUGAGAAAGAAAAACAGGCAUUUGUUGAGUCAUUCCAAGGAUUGCCUGUACCAGAUGAAGAAUUCUUAGCAGUUUCAUUUGAUGCCAAGAUAGAUUACCAUCAGACUGUUGACUUUGAAUUAAAUUUAAGACAAAGUGAAGAAGUGCUGGUUAUUGGAGUGAAAGCUGGCAAUUUAUGGCUUCCAGGUUUUUUUUCAAGUAAUGUUUGUGAACUUGACUUAGUAUGGUGGCCAGGACUUUACAAAGGAAAAUUUGGAUGGUUUCCAGCUCAAUGUGUCACAGGACCUGAUAUGGCAACAUACAAUGCAACAAAUGAGUUUCAUCCCAUCCCAGUGGCCACAGCACUGAAUGAGAUUAAACAGAAAAUGAUGGACUGGACUGGUAGUUUUCCCAAGAAACCCAUCACUGAAGAUAUGACAAUGUUAAAGGUCUUUAAACCAGACAAGACAUUUAAGACUUGCAAGGUUGAAACAGGUUUCCUUAUUUCUGAUGUUAUGCAGCAAUACACAAGGCACAGAAGUUUUGUUGGAGGGCAGAUUGAUGCCUCAGUGUUGGAAAUGUGGGAGGAAUCAAUAGAUGGUUCUGUGCACAGACACUUGGAUCCUGGGGAGAAACUAAGUAACAUCUUUGCAAUGUGGGGAAAAUAUCAGGGAAAGAUGAAGCUUGUUGUUCACAAUAAAGAUGAAAGACACAGUAAAGAUGAAAGACAGGGACCAGCAUUGCAUGAGAAUCAGGGAGAAAAACCAGAACCACCCACUGGAGUACUUAUUUACUUUGAUUAGCUUCAUUGCACAUUUUUAAUUCCAGUUUACAUCAUGUCUACGAAUACACAUUAACUUGCUUGGUACUUUAAAAUCAUUAGUUGGGAGUGAAGAAUAUUUUAGGUUGCUCUGAGAUUUGCAAUAGAAAUAUAAGAUAUAAUAUUAUCAAAUAAGUAUCCCACAUUCAUAAUUUAUAAUUUUUAAUAAGGAAAUCCAGAGUGCUCUGAGUGAAGGCAAACUCAAUAUUGCAAUGCAGUUGUGUACUCCUUUCAGUCCACACCCAAAAGUAACUUACUUGUACAAAAAGUCUCAUAUGCAGUGCCUAUUUUCUCAAGUGACUUAUUAUAAGAAAAAAUUUUGUUAGUUAUCAUAAUUUCAAACUGCAUCAAUCAACCAACCCUAAGUGUCCAAUUUUUCAAAUUAUUUUUUUAAUAGCUCCAUCAAAUAGUUUUUGAUAGUGGCAUAGACUUAUAAAUUUUAUUGAAAAAUAAUUGUGGUAUUCAUUUAAAGGAGACCAAUGAUAAAUGAUUUUACAGUUACAGUUCUGGCUUUUAUAGAGACAGUUUUUCAAUUGAUAAGUUUAGAUGUGAGGAAGAAGAUUAAAAAUUUAUAGCAGACAAGGUAGAGUUAUAUGAUUAUCACGGCAUGUGUUCUGGUUAGUAACGGUAUUUUAUAUCAAACUGUUUUUGUUAGCAAUCAAUUUUCUUAAUUUUGUUUUUAAAUAUGUACUUGCAUAAAUUUCUCCACACAGCAAAUGAAUUUUCAAUUCUUACACUAAUCUGUUUAAAAGAGAAACUGAUACAUACAACUCAUGGACAAUUAUCAUAGACAUUGUGUCUGUAGAAACAAAUUCAGUAUUGUAAAUAGUAAACUAACUUUUAAUAAAGGGAACCAUGAAGACAAGUA